AUUGGGCGAGCAUUACGCCAGCGGUAUUUUUUUAACGAGCAUAAAAUAUCGAAAUCGAGAAGGAACUGUUGGAAGGAUACUACCGGAGAUUUCACGGUUACUUAAUGACAUUGGCGAGUAUAAGUAUAAGUAUCCCAGGCAAAACCCUAAUGUACUAUUGAAGUGUUUAGGCAGUGUUUUUUUAGUUUUAUCUCUUCAACAGGAAGUGAUUAAACUUAUGGAAGCCAAACUAUCGCGCUUCUGGCAUGAAGGAACAUUGAUCGAAACGUAAAGCGACAGUUCUCUCUUAAUCCCGCAAUGGCGUACAAUCAGGACGAGCUGGUGGCACCGGGCUGGCUGAACGAUGAGUUCUUUCGUGAUGUAUUGCGUGAGGCAAAUAACGAUAUGUCAAUCGAAUUGACCGGCAAAUGCACACUUCGUCCUGGCACGAAAAUGGGUGAUCAUUAUGCCAGCGUUAUGUUCCGUACGACCGUAACGUAUCGGACGAAAAAAUCUGAUGCAGAACAAUCGAUCAAUCUCAUCAUGAAAACCACACCGGAAGCCGACGGCAUCAAAAAGGAGCUGUUGGAGGAUGAUACGUUUUUCAAUACUGAAAUUCGAAUGUAUAGUAAGAUUCUACCGGAGAUGGCACGGUUGCUGAAGGACAUUGGUGAAAAGUACAAGUAUCCUAGAUAUUUUUACGGCGCACUGAAGCCGCACGCCAUCGUUAUCUUGCAAGAUAUCAGCAACGAGGGAUGGGUGAUGAGUGGUUUUAUUGAAACUGUCGACGAUAUUAAGCCAAUCAUAAAAGAUAUUGCCAUGUUCCACGCAGCUUCCGUUGUGAUGGAGAGUAAGGAUCCUAACUUUUCGACCGAGCACAAGCUUUCGAUGGCAGACAAAUUCUUGAGCUUCGAACAGAUGAUCAACAAAGGGUUCCGUGACCUGAUGUACCUUACGAGAACCUAUCCGGAGUUUGCACGAUUCGCUAAGCCUCUGGAGAAAUUUCAACAUGACCUACGCGAGCUGUUAGAAUCGAUGUAUACACCGAGUCGAACGUUCCAGAAUGUGCUGACUCAUGGAGAUUUUCAGAUCAAAAAUAUGCUCCACCAAAUCGACGCGCACGGAAGGCACGUGGAUACUAUUUUGCUCGACUAUCAGAUAUGUUCGUGGACUACGCCGGCGAUAGACUUGUACGGGCUGUUGGACAUGAUAGCUUCGCAAGAUUUGAAGAAUAGCAGUCGGCAUGAGAUAAUCUAUCUCUACUACCAGGAGUACUCGGGCCUGCUAAAGCGGUUGGGAUUUGGGGGCAGAAUUCCAACGCUGUUGGAUUUGCAAGCCGAGCUGCUAAGGACUGCAGGAUUCGAGAUGUUCCAUUACGCCGUGUUCACGACCUUCCGAUUCCUGUGUCAGGAGAACCUCGAUAUAGAAGCGUACAUUAAGGGUGAAACCGAAAAUCCAGCAUUGGACAACCCAGAGUUCAAGAAAUUAAUGUUUGUGGAGCUAUCGCGACUUUUGUACCAAGGAACAAUAUGUUAAGGUUAAAUAAAGUGAACACGUGCUCAUCGCUAAUAAUGGAAUGUAUACUGUCG